AUGCGCAUGCUAUCACAAGAGGAGGAACGUGACGACAGCACCGAGGUGACAUGGGAGGACCAGCAGAGGAUCAAUACGUUUUCGAAGCUCAACACACGACUGCGGGCAAUUGAAGAGAGGAUUGAGGCGCUGAAGGUGGAGAAGGAAGCUCUCGACGACAUCUCGAUGGAGCUUGAGCUCGCAGACGAGGACCAACCAGUUUUGUACAAAGUUGGCGAAGCCUUCAUCCACAUGCCCCAUUCACGAGCCGUCAAACGACUGGAGAAAGACUUAUCCGGCGUCAACGACGAGCUCACGAAGUACACGUCCAAUGCAGAAGAGUGCGAGAAGACGAUGAAGGAGCUCAAAGUGACCCUCUACGCCAAAUUCGGCAGCGCGAUCAACCUCGAUGAGUAA